AUGUCGUCUGCGUUGCUUGCUGCACGGAAAAGAGCGCUGCUCGGCUCGCGCUCCGUCGUCUCGUCAGUCCGAUGGGCGAGCUCGGAUAGCAAGGACAAAUACAAAAUUGUCGUAGUGGGCGCUGGCUCGGGGGGCCUCACGGUAGCGAACCAGAUCUUCAACCGGUUUAAGGCGGCGGGGACACCUUUGAACGAGGGGGACAUUGCGAUCCUAGAUGCGAAUGAGUACCACUACUACCAGCCCGGCUGGACAUUGGUCGGCGCCGGCCUCAAGCAGAAAACUGAGACCCGCCAACCGCUGAAGUCCCUCGUUCCUUCGCACCUUGCCCACAUCCCCGAGAAUGUCCAGUCCUUCACUCCGAAGACUUCCUCCAUCACCACAGCUUCGGGCCGCACCAUCUCCUACGAGUCCCUCGUGGUCGCCACGGGCCUGAAGACUAACUGGGACAACAUCGCUGGGCUCCCCAAGGCCCUGGCGGACUCCUCCUCGGGUGUGUCCUCGAUCUACUCGUACGACACCUGCGACAAGGUCUGGCACGACGUGGACGCACUGCGCUCCGGGAAGGCGAUCUUCACGCAGCCAGCAGGCGUCAUCAAGUGCGCCGGAGCGCCCCAGAAAAUCAUGUGGAUGGCGUGGGACCGCUACCAGAAGAGCGGGCGGGGCGACCAGAUCUCCGUCGACUUCUACACGGGCAUGCCGUCGAUGUUCAGCGUGAAGAAGUACUCAGACGCGCUGAACGAGCUGCGCAUCCAGCGCGGCGUCGGCGGGCUCUUUGGCCACAACCUCGUCGCGGUCGACGCGGACAACCGCAAGGCGACGUUCAAGAAGGGCGACGGCUCGACCGUGGACGUGGACUACACCCUGCUGCACGUCUCGCCGCCGAUGGGCCCGCUCGAUGCGAUCAAGAACUCGCCGCUCGCGGACGAGGCGGGCUGGGCAUACGAACCCGAGUACGGGAACGUGUGGGCGAUUGGCGACUGCUCGAGCCUGCCGACGAGCAAGACGGCUGCGGCCAUUACGGCUCAGGCGCCCAUCCUGACUGAGAACCUGUUCUCGGUCGUUUCGACGGGCAAGGACCUCGGCGUUGCAUAUGACGGCUACACAAGCUGCCCACUGUUGACAGGCUAUGGCCAGCUCAUGCUCGCCGAGUUCAAGUACGGCUUGGAGCCCAAGGAGAGCUUUGCGGAAUAUCUCGGGGACCAGAAGACGCCGUCAAGAAUCUACUACCAUCUCAAGAAGGAUCUCUUCCCGUGGGCCUACUGGAACCACAUGAUCCAGGGCCGGUGGUUUGGCUCGCAUGGCUUCUUCCGGCCCAAGUUCCCGGCCACCACGAACACCCCCCAGUGA